UUAAAUAAACGAAGAAGAAGCUGAAAGUUGCGCUGCUGCUUUUGGCUUGUGAUACUUUACAGCUCCACACGGGGGCAGAAUUACACCUGUGAACAGAAUGUGUUUCACAGCUGACGACACGGAAGACGCACGGAGGACGGUUCACACCAGUACUAACCUCUGGGCCGGGGGUGCUCUGAUGCUCGGGGGGCUGAAGCCGGAGAGGACGCACAGACCAAGGGCUGGCUGCGGUGUGAGUGCCGCUGAACUUCCCUUGGAAAGUUUGUCACUUUUUAACUGUGACCGAAAGUGUUGCUGCAAAACACUGUCUGACAACAUAUUUGGAUUAUUUGUCGUUUGGGUCUGAACGUGCAGUUCAGACUUCUACCGGAUCUUGGCAGCAGGAAAAGAAAACUCUUAUCCUCGUCUGAAACCUGAGCGACAACAUGCUGGGGACCGGUGGAGGAUACGCAGUGAAGAGGAGGAAGAAGCCCGUCCAGAAAAAUGCGAAGCCUCCACUAGUGAAGACCAGUCCGUCCAAACGCCACAGAGACCGUCUGAAUGUAGAGCUGGACAGUUUGAGCAGCUUGCUACCGUUCCCUGAGGAGGUCCGAGGUCACCUGGACAAACUGUCGGUGCUCCGGCUCAGCGUGGGAUACCUCAAGGUUAAGAGUUACUUCCAUGCGAUGCUCCAGAAAAAUGCGAGAUCAGCUCCCCUUGUCACAGCAAAUGGCAGAAAUGGGCAGUCUGUGUCGCUGGAUGGAGUCAGUUUCUCUGAGGGAGAGUUCCUGCUGCAGGCUCUGAAUGGUUUUGUGUUGGUUGUGACGACUGAUGGCACAAUCUUCUAUUCGUCCCCGAUGAUCCAGGACUUCUUGGGCUUCCAUCAGUCUGAUGUGAUGCACCGGAGUGUGUAUGAGCUCAUCCACAUGGACGACAGAGAGACGUUCAGGUGUCAGCUCCACUUUGCCCUCAACCCCAGCGAGAGUGAAUCGGAUGUCAAAGCAGGAGAUGGGCCAUCCAGCAGCAAAGCUUCAAGCAGUUCUCAGAACAUGUUGCCUCUGUACAUCCCUCCAGAGAUCUCCUCUUUCCCGGAAAGAAGCUUCUGCUGUCGCUUCCGCUGCCUCCUGGACCACAACUCUGGAUUCCUGACUCUAAACUUCAAUGGACGUCUGAAGUUCCUGGAUUUGCAGGGAAAUGCCAGACCUGAUGGGAAUGUGGCUCCUCCCCAGCUCGCUCUGUUUGCUGUUGCCACACCUCUGCACCCUCUUUUAGUCACAGAGAUCCACACUGAGACCCUCUUGUUCCAGACAAAACACAGAAUGGACUUUGCUCCUGUGGGCAUAGACACCAGAGGGAGGCUGGUUUUGGGUUAUACAGUGAGAGAUCUGGUCACAAUAGGCUCUGGUUAUCGGUUCAUUCAUGCUGCUGACAUGAUGCAUUGUGCUGACAGCCACCUCAGGAUGAUUAAGACUGGAGAGAGUGGCUUCACAUUCUUCAGGCUGCUGACCAAAACAGGACAGUGGCAGUGGGUUCAGGCCUCUGCUAGGAUAAUCUUCAAAGCAGGGAGACCAGACUUCGUUAUCUCUUUUCAGAAAGCACUCACAAAUGAAGAAGGAGAGGAGCACUUACAUCAGAGAAGACAGCAGCUUCCCUUUAACCUCGCCACUGGUGAAGGUGUCCUGUAUGACAUUUCUCUGGAUCCAUUCUCCAUCCCUGGUCCUCCUGGCCCCAGUGCUCUGGGCGCUGCUGAGCCCACAACAGACAAACCUCUGAACCCCGCCUCACUCCUGGGAUCCCUUCUCCAGCAGGACCACUCCCUUUACACCCAGCCUCAGAAGCCCAGUCCUCGGCUCCCAGUCUGCUCCCAAAUAGAGGACCCUGAUUUGGAACAACCCCAGCCGUCCUUGGAGCAAGCAUUCCUAGACAGCCACGCUCUGCUCACUGGGCCGGGUCAGAUCCAGACUUCACAGAAGACGUCUAUCACCAGGGACCUCACAUCUGAAGCCAUGAUUGACUCGUUGAAGCAGAUUUUGGGAGAUAUCAGGGGUGGAGGGAUAGAGGGACUCGAGGUUGAGGAGACAGAGCUGAGGAACUGGGAGAACACACUCGUCGGGAUGACUAGAGAGCGGGAGGACACAUCGAGGGAACUUAAUCAAAUUCUGGCUAGUGAUGUCUUCUCAUAUGUGGAGGAGGCUUUGAGGAGAGAGACCGGUGGGUAUGUUCAUGGUUCAGAUCAGACUGGACCUCAUGUUUCUGCAACAUUCAGCAGUUUGUCUAUUCAAGAACAGCAUCCUGUGUUUUCAAACGAAGAGCUGCAGCAGCAGCCGCAGACGGAUGUGCAGUCUAACAGGAGUGUAGAGCAGACUCAGCCUGGAAAUGUUCUGGGUGAUUGGACCGAACUGAACGGUGCUUCUCAUAGGGCGGCACACAUGCCAAAGCCUGCACAGUGUCCUGACACCCACCAGGACAGCAGCAGUCACCAGUGUGCAAACCAAAUCAUUUCAACACAAUCCUGCCUGACGCAUCACUGUUGGCUUCCAUCUGUACAAGUCACCGGCAGUAUCCACAGCAGCCAACAGUCUGGUUUGGAGCUGAAGGGCCAAAGUGUGCAAGACAUGCUAAACCAUGCUGGUUCACAGCAGAUGUGCACGGGGCCUCGGCUUCAGGGCCCCUCAGUGUGCAAACGACAGCAGCAACAGAUGUCGCAGAGUUUUCACCAUCACUCAGUUGCACAUUCCCCACAGACACCAGGAAGCGUGAACUCAUCUGCUUGGUUGUUUCACACACAAACACAGGGAUUAUCUGACAGCUGCAUGUAUGAUAAAAGAGAAGGCCCCAUACUGAGCCCUGCUGCGGUUCCUAGUAGCCAGACAGGGCCUCUCCUGGGAUCUACCUGCUCCAGAGGACACACACAUGCAACAGGGACGACAAGAAAUGCUCCACCCUUCACCCCCUCCCAUCCAGACACAGCAUUCUCAGUCAUCAGCCGGGGGAUGAUGCCAUCAGCCGUUUCCAGCACUCACAUGGCUGCGUGCACAGACAUCAGUUUUGGUCAUGUGAGUGGAGACAGCUGUGGUCUGGGAGCAGCUCAAUCAGAUUAUCCUCCUGAAAAUUAUCAUUACAGUCGUCAUUCUUCUGCUGGAACGGUGAAGCUUGGAUCUACACUGUGCCCCUGAAUGGCGUUGACCUUCCCCAGAACACCAGACCAUAGCUGCUGCUGCACCACACUGUGAGACUGACUGGACGGACAGACGUUCAUGGCUGUGCUGGCAUCAGUAACUCAGAAAGCCACCAGUGGAAACACGCCUGAGACUAUUCCUACAGACAGAGGAAUACAUAGCUAGGAUCUUUUAUACAGCUGAUGUGUUGUCUGUGGCUCAUGAAGACAUACGAAGCUUUCAAACUAAAAAAAACUGCUGCGUCAGACUUUUGCUGAUAAUGUGAGUAUCUCCAAUCAAACAACCUUAUCUAACAGUUAGUUCUUUACACAUGUUCAAUAUGUGGCUGAAGCUGCUAGAAUGUGUCCUGUCAGCAGAGUGGAAGCAGGAACCAAGAGGAUUUAGUGCACAUAGAUUUUUCUGUGGAGAACGGAAAAAAUGAGCCUAAUACAACCGAGUAUGAGGAAUAACCAUAUGCAGAAGGACUGUUUCACUUCAGUUUAACUCUUCCUACUGUACGAGUCUGUGACACUGUUGUCCUCUAAACAUUCAUACCCGCUUCUCAUUAGCCAUUUGUAUCUGUGUGGUUCUUUAAGCAGAGUUUAGAGGAUGUGUCCUGAUGUCACAUCCAAGUUUGUCUCUGUUCCUUUAGCUUCUGUGACUCAAUUCAGUUUGUUUUUUUUACAAAUGCUAUUAAAUGAUAUUGCUUAUAAACACUAAAUGGGGGUUUAAAUAAAGUGAUACUAUUUUGUGAAACACUACAUUAUAUUUUGUUUAUAUACUACUUAUGAUACUAAACUAUAUUUUAAUUUUCUAGUGAAUUUGUGGCCUCACAAGCCUGAUACAUCUCUUACAGUAUAUAACGAUGUGUAGAGAUGCAUUUGAAAAUGGUAGUAAGUUCAUUAUUUCUAGUGUUUUCACUUGUUAUAACACACUUGCACAUGGAUGUGGGAGAGAAGGCAGCUCUUAUGCUCUAAGUGAUCGGGUCUAAACUGAAGAGUCAGAACUGUAGAAACAUUUUGUAUAUUUUAAACCAUGUAUCCAACUCGGACAUAUGAAACAAGAACUUGUUUGUCAAGUCAAAUCAUAUUCAUAAUCCCCUACAGUCAAGAAGUGCCUGUAGGAGAUUAAUACCAUAUUCAUCAUCUUCUGUAAUUAAAUGUAAUGUUACAUUUGCAGUUGCUUUGUGUUCCAUGUGUACAGAUAUACCCACUCGGUACCAAUCUAACUUAUUUUACCAUUAAAGAAUUGUAACCCCUCAGUUGGUCUCCUGUAUCCCCAUGCCA